GGCAAGGACUUAGGCGGUCGGGACGAUGUCGAAGGACCCGCGGAUGGAAUACCUGGAGGGCUUCAGCUCCCUGAGCCUGAAGUUCAAGCCGGACAAAUGGGCCAAGCUGAUGGGGAGCGAGGAAGGCCACUCGCUCUUCAUGGAGUUCUUCGAGAAGGCGGACGCCCGCUCCCUCGUGUUCACCCUGACCCCGGCCGGCCUGCUGGUCCCCAGCCUCGGUUUCCCGCCCGCCCUCAAAGGCAAAGGCGCCUACUUCGUCAAGCGAAAGAAAACCGACAUCACCAAGGAGACCUACCGGAGGGAUCUCACCUUCGGGGACAUCGGUGCCUCACCAGUGGAACAUCUGAUCGUCGUGGUAGAGGAGGUGAUCACCGUGCUCCUGGGGCAGAGCGAGAACACGGCCGGGUGGCCCAAGGUGGUCUCCAGCGACGUGGUGCGGCAGGCCCAUCGGCUGAAGAACGAGAUGUUCGUCAUGGGUGGCAAGAUCAAGGGCAAGACCCUGCUCCCCGUCCCCGAGCACCUGCGCAGGCUGGACGGCUCCGCCUCCUCGCUCGAGGGUCUGCCACCGUCUCAGGACAACCUGCUGCUCCACGCCAUCGAGACCAUCAUCAUCGACUGGUCCCACCAGAUCCGCGACGUCCUCAGCAAGGACUCGGCCCAGCCGCUGCUGGACGGGCUCAACCCGCUGCCCCGCGCCGAGUUCGAGUUCUGGGCCGCCCGGCGGAUGAACCUGCAGUGCAUCAACGAGCAGCUGAGCAGGCCCAAAGUGAGCAAGAUCGCGGAGAUUCUGGAGAAGGCUAAGAGUUGCUACUGGCCGGCCCUCCAGAUCGUGUACCGGGACGUCCGGGAAGGCCUGAAGGAAGCAGAAGACAUCGUCCUGUACCUGAAGCCCCUGCAGAUUCUGCUAGAGGAGAUGGAGCAGGUCAACUAUUCCCAGCUCCCUCCGUUUCUCAGCAAGGUGCUGGCCACCGUGGGCUUCAUCUGGGCCAAUUCCACCUACUAUAACACCCCGUCCAGAGUCGUCGUCAUCCUGCAGGAGAUCUGUAACCAGCUAAUCGAGCUGACGCGCAACUAUCUGAGCCCGGAGGAAGUGAUGAAGGGUUUGCAGGGGGAAAUCGAGGAGGUGCUGACCGGCAUCUCCCUGUCUGUGUCGGUGGUGAAGGAGAUCUUCCGGGCCUACGAAUUCUGCUGCCAGGAGAUGCCCCGUUUCUUCAAGGAAGGCAAGGAGCCGAUCCCGUGGGAUUUCCCGACUUUCCUGGCGUUUUCCAGGAUGGAGCGCUUCUUUCACAGGGUCAAGACCAUAGAGGAGCUGUACCAGACGGCCAUCGAGUUCCUGAAACUGGAGAAGAUGGAGCUGGGGGGGGUGCGCGGGAACAGCCUGGGCCACCUGGUGCAGCAGAUCUACGAGGAGGUCUUCGAGCUGGUCAAAGUCUUCGCCGACUGCAAAUACGACCCCCUGGACCCCUCCCACGAGCAAUUUGACGAAGACUACGCCAACUUCCAGAUCAAGAUCAAGGACCUGGAUCACCGGCUGGCCACUAUCUUCUGCCAAGCGUUUGAGGAUUGCAGUUCCAUCGAGUCGGGGGCGAAGCUGAUGCACAUGUUCGGGGGCCUGCUGGAGCACCCCCUGAUCCUGGCGGAAGUUGUGCCCCGCUACUCGACGCUGCUGGAGAUGUUUGACGCGGAGCUGGACAGUGCCAAAGUCCUGUACGACGCCCAGGUGGGCAGCGUGCCCACCGGCCCCGAAGCCCCCGCCGUCAGCAAGAACAUGCCCCCCGUAGCGGGCCGGCUCCAGUGGAGCUUGAUGCUGCAGGAGCGGCUCCAGGCCGCCGUCAGAGACCUGCGACAUUUCGACCACCCGGUGAUGUCCGGCCCCGAGGCCAAGCUGGUGUACCGAAAGUACGAGGAGAUGAUGGCCCUGCUGUGGAAGUAUCGGGAGCGCGUGUACGACGAGUGGGUUGCCCGCGUGGACCAGGAGUGCCACUUUAACCUGGAACAACCCCUCAUGCAGAGGCACAAGCAGACGGGCCUCCUCCGCGUCAACUUCAGCGAAGAGCUGGUGGCUGUGCUGCGGGAGGUGAAGUACCUGAACUUUCAGCAUCAGGAAGCGAUCCCCACCAGCGCCGAGACUCUCUUCGCACAGAACGAGACCUUUCGCAAGUUUGUGGGCAACCUGCAGCUGAUCGCCGGCUGGUACAACAAGAUAAAGACCAGCAUCCUGCCGGUAGAGUUCCCCCUCAUCGAGGCAGAACUGGCCAUGAUUGACGUGAAGCUGCAAGCAGCGGAGACCACGUUGUUCUGGAACAGCGAAGGGGUGUUGGAGUACAUCCAGGAGAUGAGGGACCUGCUCUAUGAUCUGGAGACCAGGAUCCAGAAAGCCAAACAGAACGUGGACACCAUCGUCCAGGUCAUGCAGGACUGGUCCGCCAGCCCGAUGUUUGAGAGGAAGGACAAGAAAGAAGCCCUGCUUGACGUGGAUGGGAGGGUCCCCACCCUGAACAAGCGCUACACUGCCGUGAAGGACGCUGGGCAGAAGAUCGUUGCCAUGGUGACGGAGAAUGCGGCGUUGUUCAGAGCUGACACGGCAACUGCCCCGUGGAAGGAAUACGUCGCCUACAUUGACAACAAGGUCCUGGAGGGAUUUAACAAGUUUAUUCACAAAUCGCUGCAGUACUUCCUGAACAACAUGGCUCUUGAUGGCAGCUCGGCCCCGCUGUUCGAGGUGCGGCUGGAGCUGGACGGCGGCGAGCUGGCCUACAACCCGUCCCUGGAGCUGGGCGCCGACCAGGGCUUCCUGGAGGAUCUAGAGAGCCUCAUGAAUGACAUCUACAACGCCUCCAAAUUCAUCCCCCGCCUGGCCCGGGACAAGCUCGGCUACAAGGUGGACCUAGAGGACGAUUCAGAGCUGCUGGAGAUGAGGGAGGAGGUGAUCGGGCGGGCGGUAAACGCCAUGAAGCAGGCGGAGGAGUACGAGGACUCGUUUGAGAAGUACUCUUAUCUGUGGACCGACAUCCCACACCAGUUCAUGCAGCACUUCCUGACUUACGGGCGCACCUGCACCCCCGAGGAGCUGGAGGCCCGGGGCGAAGACGCGUUCCCCCCUUCGCCCCCCACCCUCGACAUGUUCCAGCAGCAGAUCGACACGUACGAGAAGCUGUAUGAAGAAGUGACCAAGUUUGAGAACAUGAAGAGCUUCAAUGGCUGGUUACAGAGCGACUGCCGCCCCUUCAAGCAGGCCCUCCUUAAUACCGUCAAGCGCUGGAGCCUUAUGUUCAAAGAGCACCUCAAGCAGCACGUCACCACCAGCCUGGCGGAGCUGGACACGUUCCUGAAGGACACCCGGGCCGGGCUGACGAAGCCGCUGAAGGAGGGCGACUACGACGGGCUGGUGGAGGUCAUGGCCCAGCUCCUCAGGGUCAAGGACCGCCAGCUGACCACGGACGGCAUGUUCGAGCCGCUCAAGCAGACCGUCGAGCUGCUCAAGGUGUACGGCGAGGAGAUGCCUGAGGAGAUCCACCUGCAGCUACACGAUCUGCCCGAGCAGUGGACCAACCUGAAGAAACUCUCCCUCCAAGUCAAGCAGAACGUGGCUCCGCUGCAAGCCAACGAGGUCAACAUCAUCCGCAGGAAAUGCCAGCAGUUCGAGCUAAAGCAGCACGAAUUCCGGGAGACGUUCAGACGGAACGCCCCAUUCGCCUUCGUGGACCCUGAUCCCUACAAGUCCCUAAACAAGCAACAGAAGAGCAUCAUGUCCAUGGAAGGGGCCAUGGAAGCUCUGUCCAAGUCGGCCGGCCUGUUUGAGGUGUCCGUGCCGGAUUACAAGCAGCUGAAAGCCUGCCACAAGGAAGUGCGCCUGCUCAAGGAACUCUGGGACAUGAUCGUGCUGGUGAACGCCAGCAUCGACGACUGGAAGACGACCAGGUGGAAAGAGAUCAACAUCGAGCAGAUGGACAUCGACUGCAAGAAGUUCGCCAAGGACGUGCGCAGCCUGGACAAGGAGACCAGGGCCUGGGACGCCUUCACGGGGCUGGACAACACCGUGAAGAACAUGAUCACCUCCCUGAGGGCCGUGAACGAGCUGCAGAACCCCGCCAUCCGGGAUCGGCACUGGCAGCAGCUCAUGCAGGCCACCCAGGUGAGGUUUGAGAUGUCAGAGCACACGACCCUGGCCGACCUGCUCCAGCUGAACCUCCACAACUUCGAGGACGAGGUCCGGGGCAUCGUGGAUAAAGCCGUGAAAGAGUCCGGGAUGGAAAAGGUCCUGAAAGCCCUGGACACGACCUGGUCGGCCAUGGAAUUCGAGCACGAGCCCCACCACCGGACUGGCACCCUGCUCCUCAAGUCAGACGAGGUCCUGGUGGAGACGCUGGAGGACAACCAGGUGCAGCUGCAGAACCUGAUGACGUCCAAGUACCUGGCCCACUUCCUGCAGGAGGUGACGGGCUGGCAGCAGAAGCUGUCCACCGCCGACUCCGUCAUCACCAUCUGGUUCGAGGUCCAGCGCACCUGGAGCCACCUGGAGAGCAUCUUCAUCGGCUCCGAGGACAUCCGGGCCCAGCUCCCCGCCGACUCCCAGCGCUUCGACGGCAUCGACCGCGACUUCAAGCAACUGAUGGCGGACGCAGUGAAGACACCCAACGUGGUGGAAUCCACGAGCAAGCCGGGCCUGUAUGAGGAGCUGGAAGCCCUCCAGAAAAGCCUGGCUCUUUGCGAGAAGGCGCUGGCGGAGUAUUUGGAGACGAAGCGGUUGGCCUUUCCCCGCUUCUACUUCGUCUCCUCGGCCGACCUCCUGGAUAUCCUGUCCAACGGAAAUGACCCCGUGGAGGUCGGUCGCCACCUGUCCAAGCUGUUCGACAGUCUGUGCAGGCUGAAGUUCAAGCUGGACGCCGGGGGCCAGCCCCUCAAGGUCGGCCUAGGAAUGUUCAGCAAGGAGGACGAGUACGUCGACUUUGACGCCGAGUGUGACCUCUCUGGCCAGGUGGAGACCUGGCUGAACCGCGUGCUGGACCGAAUGUGUGCCACCCUGCGUCACGACAUCCCGGAAGCCGUGGUGACGUACGAGGAGAAACCGAGGGAGCAGUGGAUAUUUGACUAUCCGGCCCAGGUGGCCCUGACGUGCACCCAGAUCUGGUGGACUACAGAGGUGGGCAUCGCCUUCUCCAGGCUGGAGGAAGGUUACGAGAACGCCAUCCGAGACUACAACAAGAAGCAGAUCAGCCAGCUGAACGCCCUGAUCUCGCUGCUGAUUGGCAACCUGACGGCCGGAGACAGGAUGAAGAUCAUGACCAUCUGCACCAUAGACGUGCACGCGAGGGACGUCGUGGCCAAAAUGAUCGUUGCCAAGGUGGAGAGCUCCCAGGCGUUCACCUGGCAGUCCCAGCUGCGGCACCGUUGGGACGAGGAGGCAAAGCACUGCUUCGCCAACAUCUGCGACGCCCAAAUCCGCUACUCUUACGAGUACCUGGGAAACACGCCACGGCUGGUCAUCACCCCACUCACGGACCGGUGCUACAUCACGCUGACCCAGUCCCUGCACCUGAUCAUGGGGGGAGCCCCCGCGGGGCCCGCCGGCACCGGCAAAACCGAGACCACCAAAGACCUGGGCCGGGCGCUGGGCACCAUGGUCUACGUCUUCAACUGCUCCGAGCAGAUGGACUACAAGUCCUGCGGAAACAUCUACAAGGGCUUGGCCCAGACGGGCGCCUGGGGUUGCUUCGAUGAGUUUAACCGAAUCUCCGUGGAAGUCUUGUCCGUCAUCGCCGUGCAGGUGAAAUGCGUCCUAGAUGCCAUUCGAGCCAAAAAGAAGAAGUUUAACUUCCUGGGUGAAGUGAUCCAGCUCAUGCCCACGGUGGGACUCUUCAUCACCAUGAACCCCGGCUACGCCGGCAGAACCGAGCUCCCCGAGAACCUCAAGGCUUUAUUCCGGCCCUGCGCGAUGGUGGUCCCAGACUUUGAGCUGAUCUGCGAGAUAAUGCUGGUGGCAGAGGGCUUCCUGGAUGCCCGACUGCUGGCCCGGAAGUUCAUCACGCUCUACACACUGUGCAAAGAGCUGCUGUCCAAGCAGGACCACUACGACUGGGGCCUGCGGGCCAUCAAGUCGGUGCUGGUGGUGGCCGGCUCGCUGAAGCGAGGAGACCCCGGACGGGCGGAAGACCAGGUGCUCAUGAGGGCCCUGCGAGACUUCAACAUCCCCAAGAUCGUGACGGACGACCUGCCCGUCUUCAUGGGGCUCAUCGGGGACCUGUUCCCCGCCCUGGACGUCCCCCGGAAGCGGGACCUGCACCUGGAGAAGCUCAUCAAGCAGAGCAUCCUGGAGCUGAACCUGCAGGCGGAGGACAGCUUCGUCCUGAAGAUCGUGCAGCUGGAGGAGCUGCUGCAAGUGCGCCACUCCGUAUUUGUCAUCGGCAACGCCGGCAGCGGCAAGUCCCAGGUCCUGAGGUCCCUCAACAAGACUUAUCAGAGCAUGAAGAAGCGGCCCAUAGCCGUGGACCUAGACCCCAAGGCCGUGACCUGCGACGAGCUGUUUGGCAUCAUCAACCCGGCCACCCGCGAGUGGAAAGACGGCCUGUUCUCCACUAUCAUGCGUGACCUGGCGAACGUGACGCACGACGGCCCUAAGUGGAUUGUCCUGGAUGGGGACAUAGACCCCAUGUGGAUCGAGUCCCUGAACACCGUCAUGGAUGACAAUAAGGUGCUGACGCUAGCCAGCAACGAGCGCAUCCCCCUGAACCCGACAAUGAGGCUCGUGUUCGAGAUCAGCCACCUGCGGACCGCCACCCCGGCCACCGUCUCCAGGGCCGGAAUCCUCUACAUCAACCCGGCCGACCUGGGCUGGAACCCGGUGGUGAACAGCUGGAUCGAGAGGCGGAAGGUGCAGUCGGAGAAAGCCAACCUCAUGAUCCUGUUCGACAAGUACCUGCCCACGUGCAUCGACAAGCUCAAGUUUGGCUUCAAGAAGAUCACGCCGGUCCCCGAGAUCACGGUCAUCCAGACCAUCCUGUACCUGCUGGAGUGCCUCCUGACCCCCAAGAACACGCCCCCGGACUCCUCCAAGGAGCUGUACGAGCUCUACUUCGUCUUCGCCUGCUUCUGGGCCUUCGGGGGAGCCAUGUUCCAGGAUCAGCUCGUGGACUACCGGGUGGAGUUCAGUAAGUGGUGGGUGAACGAAUUCAAGACCAUCAAGUUCCCAUCCCAAGGCACCAUUUUCGACUACUUCAUCGACCCCGACACCAAGAAAUUCCUGCCGUGGACCGAAAGAGUGCCCGCCUUCGAGCUGGACCCAGACAUCCCUUUGCAGGCUUCCCUGGUGCACACCACGGAAACCAUCCGGAUCCGCUAUUUCCUGGACCUGCUGAUGGCCAAGAAGUGGCCAGUGAUGCUGGUGGGCAACGCGGGCACCGGCAAGUCGGUCCUGAUGGGCGACAAACUGGAAAGCCUCAACACUGACGAGUACGUGGUCCAGGCUGUGCCCUUCAACUUCUACACCACCUCUGCCAUGCUCCAGGGCGUCUUGGAGAAGCCCCUGGAGAAGAAAUCCGGGAGGAACUUUGGCCCGCCGGGCACCAAGAAGCUCAUCUAUUUCAUCGAUGACAUGAACAUGCCCGAGGUGGACAAAUACGGGACGGUGGCCCCCCACACCCUCAUCCGGCAGCACAUGGACCAUGGACACUGGUACGACCGGAACAAGCUGACCCUGAAGGACAUCCACAACUGCCAGUACGUGGCCUGCAUGAAUCCCACUUCUGGUUCAUUCACCAUUGACUCCAGACUCCAGCGCCACUUCUGUGUGUUUGCGGUGAGUUUCCCGGGCCAGGAAGCCCUGACAUCCAUUUACAACAGCAUCCUAGCGCAGCACCUGGCCAUCCGGGCCGUGCCCAUGUCCAUCCAGAAGAUGUGCGGGCAACUGGUGGCAGCUGCCCUGGCCCUGCAUCAGAAAAUCUCAGCCACGUUCCUGCCGACGGCCAUCAAGUUCCACUACGUCUUCAACCUCCGGGACCUCUCCAACAUCUUCCAGGGGCUGCUGUUCUCCACCGUGGAGAUCCUGAAGAGCCCGCUGGACCUGGUGCGCCUGUGGCUGCACGAAGCCGACCGCGUCUACGGCGAUAAGCUGAUCGACCAGAAGGACAACGAGACCCUGGAAAGAGUCACCGUGGCGUCCACCAAAAAGUAUUUUGACGAUCUUGGGGAGCAGGUCCUGUUUGCCAAGCCCAAUACCUACUGCCACUUCGCCCAGGGGAUCGGCGAACCCAAAUAUAGCCCGGUACCCAGCAUGGCCAGUCUGAAUAAGCUUCUGGUGGAGGUCCUGGAGAGCUACAAUGAAGUCAACGCCGUCAUGAACCUGGUGCUGUUCGAGGAUGCCGUGUCGCACGUGUGUCGGAUUAACCGCAUCCUGGAGUCCCCCCGUGGGAAUGCCCUGCUGGUGGGGGUCGGGGGGAGCGGGAAGCAGAGCCUGUCCCGCCUGGCGGCCUACAUCAGCGCCCUGGACGUGUUCCAGAUCACGCUCAAGAAGGGCUACACCAUCCCGGACCUGAAGCUGGACCUGGCAGCCCAGUACAUGAAGGCGGCGGUGAAGAACCUGCCCACGGUGUUCCUGAUGACGGACUCCCAGGUGGCCGAGGAGCAGUUCCUGGUGCUCAUCAAUGACCUGCUGGCCUCGGGCGAGGUCCCCGGGCUCUUCCAGGACGACGAGGUGGAGGCCAUCCUGACCUCCAUGAGGCCCCAGGUCAAGUCCCUGGGCCUGCCCGACACCCACCAGACCUGCUGGCGUUUCUUCAUCGACAAAGUGCGGCGCCAGCUCAAGGUGGUCCUCUGCUUCUCCCCGGUGGGCUCCACGCUGCGGGUGCGCGCCCGGAAAUUCCCCGCCAUCGUCAACUGCACCGCCAUCGACUGGUUCCACGAGUGGCCCGAGGACGCCCUGGUGUCGGUCAGCGCCCGCUUCCUGCAGGAGACCGAGGGGAUCGAGCCGGAAGUCAAGGUGUCCAUCAGCCAGUUCAUGGCCUACGUGCACACGACGGUGAACGAGAUGUCCCGGGUCUACCUGGCCACGGAACGCCGUUACAACUACACAACCCCCAAGACCUUCCUGGAGCAGAUCAAGCUCUAUCAGAACCUGCUGUCCAAGAAGCGGAGGGAGCUGGUGGCCAAAAUCGACCGCCUGGAGAACGGCCUCCUCAAGCUGCAGAGCACGGCCUCGCAGGUGGAUGACCUGAAGGCCAAGCUGGCCGUCCAGGAGCUGGAGCUGCUGCAGAAGAACCAGGACGCCGACAAACUCAUCCAGGUGGUCGGGGUGGAGACGGAGAAAGUCAGCCGGGAGAAGGCCAUCGCUGACGAGGAGGAGGCGAAGGUCGAGGUCAUCAACAAGAAUGUCACGGAGAAACAAAAGGCUUGCGAGACCGACCUGGCCAAAGCCGAACCGGCCCUGCUGGCCGCCCAAGAAGCUCUGGACACCCUCAACAAGAACAACCUGACAGAGCUGAAGUCCUUCGGGUCUCCUCCCGACGCCGUGGUCAACGUCACGGCUGCCGUGAUGAUUCUGACGGCCCCGGGGGGCAAGAUCCCCAAGGACAAGAGCUGGAAGGCCGCCAAGAUCAUGAUGGGCAAGGUGGACACCUUCCUCGAUGCCCUGAAGAAGUUUGACAAGGAGCAUAUCCCCGAGGCCUGCCUGAAAGCCUUUGCGCCGUACCAAGGCAACCCGACCUUUGACCCCGAGUUCAUCCGCUCCAAGUCGGCGGCGGCGGCGGGCCUGUGCUCGUGGUGCAUCAACAUCGUGCGCUUCUACGAGGUGUACUGCAACGUGGCCCCUAAGCGGCAGGCCCUCGAGGAGGCCAACGCCGAGCUGGCCGAGGCCCAGGAUAAGCUCUCCCGCAUCAAAAAUAAAAUCGCCGAGCUAAACGCCAACCUGAGCAUGCUCACGAUCGAAUUCGAGAAGGCGACCGCGGAGAAGAUCAAGUGCCAGCAGGAGGCAGAUGCCACCAACAGGGUCAUUUCCUUGGCCAACAGGCUGGUGGGGGGCCUGGCCUCCGAGAACGUCCGCUGGGCCGAGUCGGUGGAAAGCUUCAAGGGGCAGGGCGUGACGCUGUGCGGCGAUGUGCUGCUCAUAUCGGCUUUCGUCUCCUACGUCGGCUACUUCACCAAGAAAUACCGCAACGAGCUGCUGGACAAGUUCUGGGUCCCUUACCUGAACCAACUAAAGGUCCCCAUCCCGAUCACCGAGGGCCUGGACCCCCUGAGCCUGCUGACGGACGACGCGGACGUGGCCACUUGGAACAACCAGGGCCUGCCCAGCGACCGCAUGUCCACCGAGAACGCCACCAUCCUGUGCAGCACGGAGCGCUGGCCCCUCAUCGUGGACGCCCAGCUGCAGGGCGUCAAGUGGAUCAAAAACAAAUACGGCGACGACCUCAAAGCCAUCCGCCUCGGACAGAGAAACUACCUGGACACCAUUGAGCGGGCCAUCUCGGACGGCGUCACGUUGCUCAUCGAGAACAUCGGGGAGACGGUGGAGCCCGUGCUAGACCCCCUUCUGGGCAGGAACACCAUUAAGAAGGGGAGGUUCAUCCGGGUGGGCGACAAGGAGGUGGAGUAUCAUCCCGACUUCCGCCUGAUCCUGCACACCAAAUACUUCAACCCGCACUACAAGCCCGAGAUGCAAGCCCAGUGCACCCUCAUCAACUUCCUGGUCACCAGGGACGGGCUGGAGGACCAGCUCCUGGCGGCCGUGGUGGCCAAGGAGCGUCCGGACCUGGAGCAGCUGAAGGCCAACCUGACCAAGUCCCAGAACGAGUUCAAGAUCGUGCUGAAGGAGCUGGAGGACUCGCUCCUGGCCCGCCUCUCCGCCGCCUCGGGCAACUUCCUGGGAGACACGGCCCUGGUGGAGAAUCUGGAGAUCACCAAGCGGACCGCCAACGAGAUCGAGGAGAAGGUGAGGGAGGCGAAGAUCACCGAGGUGAAGAUCAACGAGGCCCGGGAAAACUACCGGCCGGCCGCCGAGAGGGCCUCCAUGCUCUACUUCAUCCUCAACGACCUCAACAAGAUCAAUCCCAUCUACCAGUUCUCCCUCAAGGCCUUCCACGUGGUCUUCGAGAAGGCCAUCCAGAGGACCGCCCCGGCCGCGGAGGUGAAGCAGCGGGUGGUCAACCUGACGGACGAGAUCACCUACUCCGUCUUCAUGUACACGGCCCGGGGCCUGUUUGAGAGGGACAAGCUCAUCUUCCUGGCCCAGGUGGCAUUUCAGGUCCUGUCCAUGAAGAAGGAGCUGAACGCGGCCGAGCUGGACUUCCUCCUACGGUUCCCGUCCAAGGCCGGACUCGCGUCCCCGGUGGAUUUCCUGCUGCCCCAGGGCUGGGGAGGCAUUAAGGUCCUCUCCGACAUGGAGGAGUUCAAGAACUUGGACGGCGACAUCGAGGGCUCGGCGAAGCGGUGGAAGAAGUUUGUGGAGUCGGAGGCGCCGGAGAAGGAGGUGUUUCCGAAGGAGUGGAAGAAUAAGACGGCGCUGCAGAAGCUCUGCAUGAUGCGCUGCAUGCGGCCCGACCGCAUGACCUACGCCAUCAAGAACUUCGUGGAGGAGAAGAUGGGAAGCAAGUUCGUGGAAGGCCGCAGCGUCGAGUUCUCCAAGUCGUACGAGGAAAGCAGCCCCUCCACCCCCAUCUUCUUCAUCCUGUCCCCGGGAGUCGACCCCCUGAAGGACGUGGAGGCAUUGGGGAAGAAACUGGGCUUCACCAUCGACAACGGCAAGAUCCACAACGUGUCCCUGGGCCAGGGCCAGGAGGUGGUGGCCGAGAAAGCCCUCGAUGUGGCGGCCGAAGAGGGCCACUGGGUCAUCCUGCAGAACAUCCACCUCGUGGCCAAGUGGCUGGGCACGCUGGACAAGAAGGUGGAGCGCUUCAGCACCGGCAGCCACGACGACUACCGGGUGUACAUGAGCGCGGAGCCGGCCCCCAGCCCCGAGGGCCACAUCAUCCCCCAGGGCCUCCUGGAGAACGCCAUCAAGAUCACCAACGAGCCGCCCACGGGCAUGUACGCCAACCUGCACAAGGCCCUGGAUCUCUUCACCCAGGACACGCUGGAGAUGUGCACCAAGGAGAUGGAGUUCAAGUGCAUCCUGUUCGCCUUGUGCUACUUCCACGCGGUGGUGGCCGAGCGCCGCAAGUUUGGGGCGCAGGGGUGGAACCGCUCCUACCCCUUCAACAACGGGGACCUCACCAUCUCCAUCAACGUCCUCUUCAACUACCUGGAGGCCAACCCCAAGGUGCCCUGGGAUGACCUGCGCUACCUUUUUGGCGAGAUCAUGUACGGCGGCCACAUCACCGACGACUGGGACCGGCGCCUCUGCCGCACCUACCUGGGCGAGUACAUCCGCGCCGAGAUGCUCGAGGGGGAGAUGGCCCUGGCCCCGGGCUUCCCCGUGCCCCCCAACUCGGACUACAAGGGCUACCACGAGUACAUCGACGAGAACCUGCCCCCCGAGAGCCCGUACCUGUACGGCCUGCACCCUAACGCGGAGAUCGGCUUCCUGACGGUCACCUCGGAGAAGCUGUUCCGCACCGUCCUCGAGCUGCAGCCCAAGGAGUCCGACCAGGGAGGAGGCACUGGUGUGUCCCGGGAGGAGAAGGUGAAGAGCGUCCUGGACGAGAUCCUGGAGAAGCUCCCGGAGCCGUUCAACAUGGCCGAGAUCAUGGCCAAAGCGGCGGAAAAGACCCCCUACGUGGUGGUGGCCUUCCAGGAGUGCGAGCGCAUGAACAUCCUGACCAGCGAGAUGCGCCGCUCCCUCAAGGAGCUGAACCUGGGACUCAAGGGGGAGCUGACCAUCACGACCGACAUGGAGGACCUGUCAAGCGCGCUCUACCUGGACAGCGUGCCCGAGGCCUGGGUGAGCCGGGCCUACCCCUCCAUGCUGGGCCUGGGCAGCUGGUACGCCGACCUUCUGCUCCGGAUCAGGGAGCUGGAGGCCUGGACCACGGACUUCGCCCUGCCCACCACGGUAUGGCUGGCCGGCUUCUUCAACCCCCAGUCCUUCCUGACGGCCAUCAUGCAGUCCAUGGCCCGCAAGAACGAGUGGCCCCUGGACAAGAUGUGCCUGGCGGUGGAGGUGACGAAGAAGAAUAAGGACGACAUGACGGCUCCUCCCCGGGAAGGCGCCUACGUCUACGGCCUCUUCAUGGAAGGGGCUCGCUGGGACAUCCAGACGGGAGUCAUCGCCGAGGCGCGGCUGAAGGAGCUGACGCCGAGCAUGCCCGUCCUGUUCAUCAAAGCCAUCCCUGUGGACCGCAUGGACACCAAGAACGUUUACGAGUGCCCCGUCUACAAGACCCGCACCCGCGGCCCCACCUACGUCUGGACCUUCAACCUCAAGACCAAGGAGAAAGCGGCCAAGUGGAUCCUGGCGGGCGUGGCCCUGCUCCUUCAGGUCUAGGCCGCGAGGGGCCCAUUAAAACCCUCGCUCAGCCGA